AUGUGGACUGUGGAUAAGGAAGUGGUGCUGGCUUAUGGUGCCGAGAGCGACCGCCCUCUCAACGUCCCCGGCGAGUCCUCUUCAGGUGUUUUCGCUGCGCGUGAGUUUGUGUGGUGGUACAACGGCCACCCCGAUGCCACCCAGCUGCCCGUCGACCUGUCCAAGGUGGAGACCGUCGCAAUCUGCGGCAUCGGCAACGUCGCCUUGGACUGCGCGCGUGUGCUGCUGCGGAGGCCCAGCGAGCUAGCUGUGACGGACAUCGCUGCGCAUGCCAUGUCGCAGCUGGCGGGGGGCAGCAGGGUGAAGCGGGUGCACAUCUUUGCACGUAGGGGCCCUGUGCAGGCUGCCUGCACGCCCAAGGAGCUGAAGGAGCUGGUUAAGCUGGGCCACGUGGCCGUCCACGCGCCCGCCGACCAGAUGGCGGUGUCGGCUGGUGACGAGGCGCAGAUGAAGGCAGUGCGCAUGCGGCGGCGCAUGUAUGACCUCAUAUCUCAGUUCUACCGAAACCCUGUGGAGGUUGUCGCUGACACGUCCGGCGCUGCUAGCGCCGUGCGCGUUGAGCGCACGCAGCUUCAGGUGUUGCCUGGCGGCGGCAUGGUGGCGGUGGGGACAGGCGAGUUUGAGACACACGAAUGCCAGCUCGUCCUCAAGAGCAUUGGCUACAAGUCGCUGCAGCUAGAGGGCGCCGCGUUCGACGCACGCGCUGGCGUCAUCCCCAACAGGGCUGGGCGCGUGCUCAAAGAGAAGGGCGGGAGCGAAGCCGACCCCGGCCUUUACGUCUGCGGCUGGAUCAAGCGCGGCCCGACUGGCAUCAUUGGCACCAACUCCAUGGACGCUGACGAGACGGUGGAGUGCAUCGCGCACGACCUGUCAGCGCCGCCGGCUGCGGAGGUGGCUGGGGGGCCCGGCCUGCGCCGGCUGCUUGCCGAGCGGUGCGUGCGUGCGGUGGACUGGGGCGGGUGGCAGCGGAUAGACGCGGAGGAGGUGCGGCGCGGAGCCGCCGAGGGGAAGCCGCGAGAGAAAAUAGUGAAGGUGGAGGACAUGGUGCACGUCGCUUGCGGCAGCUCACUGCCUGGGUAA